AUGACCCUUACUAGGCGCAGUAAUAGUCCACCCAGUGGUUUCAGAGACUAUCAGAAGAAUCCACUAAAAACCAAGGCUUGCCAUCACAACGGGGAAAUUCGGGGAAAGACCGAAUCCCCCAUAUCAUUCGGUGCCAUAUCGUUGAUACAUACAUACAGAAAAUCUUCGAUGAGGCCGGGUGCUGAAUGGUUUUAUAGAGCUUUUUUGAUCGAAUUGUCCUUGAAUGUAAUUGCGUGUAGUACGAAAGGCGGGAAUGGAUUGGUGAAACGAUCUUCUCUAGGUCAAAACGGAGUUUUGAGGGAAACUCCGUUUGCUGAAAAAAAUCUCCGUUAA